AAAGAUAAUAAGUAAAUAACCUUCCAUAAUAGAUUAUUUUUGUCUAGUCUCACUUGAAUACAUUAUUUUUGUCUACUCUCAUCUUGCCUUAUGUCUUGACAUGGCCUAAUCCUGGCCUCGGGGUUUUGAUGUCGUUGUUGUACAAUUUCCUAGUUUUAUUAGCUUUUCCAUUGCUUAUGUUAUUCUUGCUGAAGUUGUUUACAUGAUCAAGUUCUCUUCUUUAUGUAAGGCAAAUUUGAUUGACUUCAUUGUAUUGUGGUAUAUGUGAUGGUUGAAUUGCAGUGCUACUGCUAUGUUUGUGAUAUACCUGCCCCAUGCAAGCACUGGUCGGUUCACUGCAGUGCUACACCCCAAAAUCCGCAUUGGAAAUCAUUACGCAGGCUCAAUCACUCCUCAAAGCGAAGAGUGCUGCGCGCCUAAGCUAGAAAUCCCUUAGCUUGUACUACAUUUCCCAGUGUAGGAGGAAUGAAUGUUGUUUUUUGAAACCUUGUGGAGCAGUCUGGGACUCUGAGUUGAAAAAAUGGUGUAUGAAGUAAAAUUAACUUGGCCUUAAAGACACAUCUAGCUGCCUGUUUUGAUGACUUGUGAAUAGUUUAUGUAUGUAAGCGAUGUGUUGAUAUCUCUGAUGCUACUACUUAUAAGUAAUCCAGCCCCCUCAGGUGACCUUGUGAAUUGUCGUCGUAAUUAUUUGCAUUUGGUACUAACCAUCUCAGCAGGAGACUUUGUCAUCAACCCACUUGAUAGGAAACUCUGCUCUGAAAUGCACCAUCUGAGAGUAGAAUGGUUCUAAACUCUGUUCUGAAUCCACUUGGGGUUCAAUGCAGAUUCUGGAAUUUGAAUAUUGAAGGCAUUUGUCAAUUAAUAGCCAAGAUUAUGCUAUCUUUCUUUUAUUAGGAAUAUACUGGUAUAAUAUCACUUUAAUCUACCAAAUCAUAAUAGACCUAAAUGGUUCACACUGGACCUUUUAUAACUUGCUUAAUGCUGUAUUUGUUAAAAACAUACGAAGUACAAGUUACGAAAGUAGUCACUUGGAAAAUACAAGUACAAACAAUAAAACUGAAAAAAUUCAGACCAAACCAAGGUAGACAUGAAUAUCCGGAGUAGAUUAAAACACGUUUCAGGUGGAGAGAGCAUAGGAUAAGAGCAUGUGUAGAUGGUGUAGCCGUGUAGUGGUUGUUAUUUAUGUUGCGGAGUGGAGAUUUUGUGAUUCAUUGCACAAAGUUAAUCGAUUCAUGUACCUUUAAGUCUAUAAGCAGUUUAUUGUAAUAAACCAUUCAUGCUGUGUUUAGGUUAAUUAUUCUAGAGAAACUUGAUAAAUUAUGAGAUCUAUUUUGAACGUUUUCUAACUGUUUGACCACUUGUUUUCCACCCAAAACUCCCACAAACACAAAGAAGAAAGAAUGUGAAAAGGAUAACAUUACUCUACUUUACUACUCCUUGCAAUAUAGGAAUUUGUAACGAUUUUUGAGCCUUUUCAUAUCAUUGAUUAGUCAAAGUCAUUUAACAAACUUCAGUUACAGUUUUUCAUGCUAAUCCUUUUUUGAUAAUAUAACAAUGUAUCGAGUCAUUUGAUGAGUCUCCUUAUAAUUUCAGUCUUGCAGGAAAAUAUUUUAUCAGGAAAACACAGAGGAUGCAGCGACAAAUGUCAGGAAAACAGGUCCCUUCUAUUCUAGCUAUUGCCCCGGCUGAGCUUGAGUUCCCUAGUUGUAACACUUCUGAAUUGGGGAAGAUCUCUCGUUCUAUGCAUCUGACCAACAAAACAGACAACCUGAUUGUAUUCAAGAUCAAAGCAACGCCAACAAAUUCUGUCAAGUAUUCUGCACUCCCCCUAGUCGGGUAUGUGCUUCCUAAAGCAACACGUGACGUCGCAGUUUGGAUGCGAACCCCAAUAGAAGCACCACUCAGUUUGCAGCACAGGGACGAAAUCAUAGUUCAGAGUGCUCGUGUGCCUAAGAGCAUCACUGCAAGUGACUUAACUACUGAGUUGGUGGCUUGUAGGGAUUAUCCACAUCCAAGGCACCUCUGUGUCGUCCACCCUUUUAACAAAACUCGCCACGAAACUCACUGCAAUAUGUGCUAUUGCUGUGUUUGUGAUAGCCCAGCACCUUGCAAGAAAUGGGCCAAAAAGUCUUCAAAUAUUGCUGCGAAGCAUUGUGAUGCUACUGGUAACAAGGUUUACGAAGGACGUGUAAACCGUAUAUGGCAUUAUGGCGUCCAGUGAGUGAUUGGAUGCUUAGGAUCUGAAGAUUGAAGAUUGGUUUUUGUAUGCUCGAAGACACUAACAAGAUUAAGCAAGGAAGAUGUAUGGAAUGUUGUUCUAACAAAGGAGCUAGGAAGACUAUUAAGUAAUUUUAGGGUCCAACUCUGUUUCACAAAAGCUUUGAGGAUUUUGGUGGUAGGAAAAAAAAAAAAAAAAAAUCAAUUUUAUAUUU